AUCAUUUAUUAAAACCCAAACAUUCUGUACAUAUUGCUUCUAUUUUGAAAUAGUGUGCCGUAUUAAAUAAUUGAAAAUAUGGUUUUAUAGUUAUUAAUUUUUAAACUAUAAUAUUUUAAAAUUCACUUAUAUUUUUUGGAGACAAAAAGCUGUUUCUAGUUGAAAUGUCAGAAUUAAUGGCUAAUCGAACAUGUGAAACUGCAGGCUGUAAUGCUCAAGCAAAUUUGCAAUGCCCCACGUGCAUUAAACUUGGAAUUUCUGGAUCUUACUUCUGUAACCAACAAUGUUUCAAAAAUAGUUGGCCAACUCACAAAAUUCUUCAUAAAGUAGCACAGGGUAAAUCUGGUGUUACAAAUGGUACAGAUGAAGUUUUUAAUCCAUGGCCUGACUAUACAUUUACAGGUAGUUUACGUCCUUAUAAAACAUCUUCACCGCGAACUGUUCCUGAUCAUAUACCAAGACCUGAUUAUGCUGAUCAUCCAGAGGGUAUUCCUAUUAGUGAACAACAGGUUAAACUUGCUUCUCAUAUUAAAGUAUUAAAUGAUGAAGAAAUAGAAGAAAUGAGAGUUGCUUGUAAGCUUGGCCGUGAAGUUUUAGAUGAAGUUGCUUCUAUUAUUGGAAUUGGGGUUUUAACUGAUGAAAUAGAUAGAAUUGUUCAUGAAGCGUGUGUUGUACGUGAAUGUUAUCCAUCACCACUGAAUUAUUAUAAAUAUCCAAAGUCAUGUUGUACUUCUGUUAAUGAAGUUAUUUGCCAUGGAAUACCGGAUAUGAGACCUCUAGCUGAUGGUGAUAUUUGCAAUGUUGAUGUCACUGUUUAUCAUCGUGGUUAUCAUGGUGAUUUAAAUGAUACAUUUCUAAUUGGAAAUGUAUCUAAGACAGCAGAAAAACUAGUCAAUGUUACUUGGGAAUGCUUAGAAAAGGCUAUAAAUGCAGUUCAGCCAGGAGAAAAAUAUAGGGAACUUGGAAAUAUUAUACAAAAACAUGCUCAAGCUAAUGGAUUUUCAGUAGUAAAAAGCUAUUGUGGUCAUGGAAUACAUCAACUAUUUCAUACCUCUCCAGGAGUUCCUCAUUAUGCCAAAAACAAAGCUGUUGGUGUAAUGAAACCUGGUCAUACAUUUACAAUAGAACCUAUGAUUUCACAGGGUAGUUGGAGGGAUAAGUGUUGGCCAGACAAUUGGACAGCUGUUACAGUAGAUGGACAACUAUCAGCUCAGUUUGAAGAAACUUUGCUAGUAACUGAUACUGGCGUGGAAGUAUUAACCAAACGAUUAGCAAAUAAUGGACAGCCAUAUUUUUUGGAUAAAAAAUUAUAGUGCAGGAUAAUAUUUUAAAUUAAUAUGAUAAUGCUGUUGACAAAUAUCUAUUGAGUGUGAAAUAAUAAUAUAUUUAAUGAUUUUCAAAAAUAUAUUGUAUUUUAUAGGUCAUAGAAUAUAUAUUAAAACAACAUAAUUAUUAUUUUGUUGAUGUUAAUUUUGUUUCAAUGCUAAAAAAAAAAAUAUACGAUUAAAUAUUUAA